CGCGUAAGCGCUGAAGUGUCGUAGGUGUAAUAUAUACAUACGCAACGGAACGGAUACGCUAAAAAUCAUGAAGGCAAUGCGCCCCUGGCGGCCAGCAACGUAAAUAAUCCUUGCGGAAAUAAUUAUCGCGAUUUAUGUUAUUUGCAAAUGUAAGAAGAAUCAUUAAUGAGGGUAUGUCAAGUAACGGCGAUUAGGAUGAUAUACGGACCCUGUAGCGUUCCCGGUUGCACUUCAAGUGAGUGAAAAUCGUGCUUGGUGCGGGACGUCUUCAUCCCGAAAAUAACAAUGGCCGGAGGAUUCGAAUAUGCAUGGACUUUUAAAAUGCCAAGCUUGCUACCCUGGCAACCUACACGUAUUUUCCUGAUCCCUUUUUAUUACCUGUGUCAAUUAGCAUCGAAUGGACUUGGCAGAAACUAUGAAAAAUAUAGUUGCCAAAGGUAUGCAAACCGAAAUGGGACCACCAGGCGGAGGUUCUGGUUAUCCUGGUGCACCUAGUAGUGCUGGUUAUGUUACGGAGAAGAUGUACAUGUUAUUACAAGCAUAUCUUCAAAAUAAAGGUUGGAAUUCAAGCAUCGAACUUCUUCAAUGUUUUUCCGAGUUCAAGGAUGCAUCUAUGAUCCCAAGUGGUGCUUAUUUGCAGAUGAUGGCAUCAAGAAUAGCUUUGGACUCUCAGGGUAGGCUAGUCCUUAGAGAAAAUGGAAAGAUAAUAUUGCCCUAUGAACAUUUUGCGAAUGCUGUGAUGUUAAAGCACAUGAAUGGUCCACAUGGUUUACAUUUGGGCUUAGAGGGUACAGUUAGAGCUGUUAUGGAAUCAUACACUAUUGGAAGAGAAUGUUUUGGUAUGGAAAAAGAAUUUAUAGUAGAAGUGGUACAAAAUUGUCCAAAUCCUGCGUGUCGCUUUUAUAAAAAUCAAUUGGAACUAACUCAAAAAAUGGGACAUAUGCCACCAACGUAUAUCCAAGACAAUGAAACAACUGCUUCUCUUUUACGUAGUAGUUUCCCUCAUAAUACAGAUUUUCAAGCAACCUUAAGUGGUGCUAAUCCAAAUACUCAUAUGGGAGGAGGAUCUACUACGGAUUUGUCAGAAAUUAGAGGUGCUGGAAAUCAAAUAAAUCUUCAACGUCCUCCAAGCCGUCCAUCAUUAAAUAUUCCACAUCGACCUGUGUCACAAGAAAAAAAAGUUGCCACUGGAAAACAACAUUAUGAAUCUUUAGUACCUACAAUUUCAAUGACUGAUCAUAAAUUAACGGAUUUCUUAAGAACAAAUUUGGAUAAUUUGGACAAUCUCACUGGACUUGGUUUAGGUAACUUACAAGGGAUAGGAAAUGCAAAUAAGGAUUUGUUAGCUUUACAUAAUGGAGCUUGGCCUUUGGAAAAUGAGAAAGGAUCUCGGUCAUCUACAAACUCAGAAGGUGGACAAGAGAAAAUAGUUAGGGCUUUUGCUGAAGUUAUGAAAAAUAUGGCACGAAUGAAGGCUUGUGUACGUCCUGCAAUGUGUAAACCUUAUGGAAAGCAAUCAGAAGCUUUGCAAAAAACACUGGUUGAUACUAUACAGCUGGUGCAGUCAUUACGAAGUUUUCUGCCACCUCCACAAAUUCCUGUUUCAAGCUGGAAAAGUGAAGAUAAACAUCGACUAGAUCAUACGGGUACACCUUAUCUCCCGUCAUUAAAGGCUGGAGGUUUAGAAGACUUGUGCGAACAACGCAAGCUAGACUAAACAAUGUCUUCGCUUUUUAAGUGUCAGACCAGGUUCUAUCUUUGCGCUUUAUGAUGUCCUAGUCAUGUGGUGUUUAUGGGUUAGAUGGGUGUUUUAUCUUUAAAUCACCCGAAGGAUUGCUCAAAUGUUGUUGGCGUUUAGGACCUCAAAAUACUAAGAGACAAAAUGAGUCAUGCGUGGACUGUGAUAAAUGUGGGUAGUGAACAAAAUUAUAUAUAGUCAAUCGAAACUCAUACCAUUAUUUCAGAUACAAAACAGCUUUACUUUGUUGCUAUAAUUUUUCAUGAGUCUUUACGAUCUGCCUAUGGGGCUUAGUUGAUAAUAAUGACUAGCUAAUUUUGAAUUAUUGGCAAAUUAUUACAUAAUUUGCAACUUGGAAGUGUUAUAGAACAGCAUUUAUAUUUUGUUAUUAUAUAUUAUUUUAAUAAGUCACCAUUUGUGUUCUAAUAAUUGAUAUAUCAUAAAGAUUAUUUAUAGACAUUGUGAAUAUUAUUUAUGAAUUUAUAGAAGGUGUUUCGUAAUUUAACGUAUAAUCAGAAAGUGAGGGUUAUAUUUCUAAAUGAAAAUAUGUUAAAAAUAUAGAAUAAAUUGUUUUUGUAAUAGACUUCAUUUUUGUGAAAAUUUUGUUUGCAAUUUUGCUUAUGUUUGCAUAUUUCGUUUAUUAUAGUUAAAGUUAGAUUGUUCUAACAAUUUUGGUGCUUACACACUACCAUUAAAUCCAAAUUUUCUCAAAAAUGAAACUGCUUAUAAAAAAAUUUUGUUCUACAUUUUCGGUUACGAAAAACCUUUUAUAAAAGAACUUUAUAUGCACUCAUCCCUCGAUUUAAGCGGCACGUUUUUUAACACUAUUUACGCAAUACUUUUUAUGCGCGAUCUGAAUUUAGUAACAUAUCGUAUAAAAUGUGUUUGUUUUCUGAAAUAUCAUUAUUAUUAACUUUUUGUUAAGCUAUGUGGAAUAAAUAUGUAUUUUUCAAACUUAUACCAGCUUUUAUUUCCAAUAUUUUGUUUUUUCUUGUACCGACAGACUGUACGCGAUUUUUAUUCAUGUAAAUCGAAUCCACGUGCAACGGAGUUUUGCGUAAAUCGAGGGUCAGGUGCAUAUUAAAAUUUUAAAUGAUGUUUAGAAAUGAAAUUUGUUUACAUCUGAAAUAAUUGAUACUUAUUCAUAGUUGAGAAUACCUUAACUAUGAAAUUAUAAAUAUAUGAUUAUAAUUCUUGUUAUCAUUUGAGUUUAUACUAUUUACUUUUUGAAUCUUCUAACGUUCAUUAUACAGAGUGCAUCAUGAAAAACAGAUUUUUUCAAAUGGCUUUAAAAUGAGAAACAUAUCAUAAGAAAUUAAUAUUUUUCUUAUAAUAUGGUAACCGAUAUUUUUGAUAUGUGAGUGUAUUAUGUGUAAGCAUUGUUCUCUUUUACACAUUAUUACGUAAUUAAAUAUUAAUUGCAAUAAUGUUAGUUUAUUUGAAUAGAUCUCAAAAUUCAUUUACCUUUUUGCUCAUUUAGCCUGUUUCUCCUAAAAAGAAUUUAAUAAAUUAUUCGAAACGAUCACUUCUCGUGUACGUACACGUUUUCAGUCGGUCCUUUUUCGCUUUUAUUACUCGUCUACCGCUGUAUACGCCACUUCUAGUGGUAUCAAAGUUACUGUUUUUAUCAAAUCUUUGAUAUUUUGACGAGGACUGAAGUAGAAAUUUUCUUCUAAAACAUUCCACAGUCAGUAAUCCCAAACAUUGAUAUUUUAUUAUUGUUAGUUUCCUAAAAGCCAAUCUUCGGCAACGAUAAACUCGGGCAAAUUUACCUCCAAUCAGCCAAGUUACUGAUUAUAGUUGAUCUUAAAGUUCGUCGUUGCUAUUUUCUGUUAGGGGUACGUUUCCGAUGCGUCGGUUACUCUCAUCGAGACAGGUUUGAAGGUUUUGAGUUUGGUCUUUCAGCAAGUUGGAUGAAUUUUCACGGUACGAGUAUUUGUUGGAACCGUUCGCUUGAUUAUUGUCUUCGAUCAACAACCUGCCUAACCGAGAUAGUGAUCUGUCUGCGAAUGUGGUAUCUCACAAUAAUCGAAUGGUGAUGUUGAUACGCUCUAUUCCUCCUAAUAAAUAUAACUCUUGGAUCACAUCAAUUUACUCUAGUCUAAUCCUUGCUAAAUACGCUUUAACAAGUCUUUAUUAAUGGGAGUAAUAGAGUCCGUGAUACGCUGUUUUAAAUUUGUUAUAUUUAAAGAAAUAGAGGGGGUAAAUAAUCUUAUUUUUUAAAUAACACCCUCAUGAAAAAGGUCAUAGGGUGUUACAUUGGGAUUUCAUGUUGAUCAAUUAACAAGUGGAAAAUUGUUUGUCAAUUUAUACAUUGAAAAAGUUUACAUUAAAAUUAGUAUUUUUUUUUUAAUUUAAGAGCGCACCUAUGGUUUGGCUCAACGUGUCUCUCGAUAUCUUGAAUAAAUCUUUUUGCACAAAGCAUUGAAACUGUUUACUCCUUUUACGAUAAUCUUGCAUUAUUGCAAUAAAAUAGUACAAUCUGGAAAGUUAUACUUAUUAUUGGCAAUACGUAGACAUAAUUUUACAGGUGGCAUGUUCUUUGCGAAACACUCUGUAUAUUAGUGAAAUAUUUGAUUAAAGUAAUCGUAGCCAUGACAGAUUUUUCUAGUGAAACAUUAAACUUGUAUAUAUAUAUGAUUGUCUUGAAAUUCGUAUUAAACGAAUUAUUAUUUAUUUGUAAAAAUAGAUUGAACGUACAGUGAAGGGAAAAACUGAACGCGUGCAUAGAAUUUUCGCGUAAACAUUAUUUUAUUCAGUGUUCGAAUGUAAAGUGUAAAAAACGAGUGAAAUGUUUGAUAUUCACAAUCUUUUCCUUAUUAUAGAAAAUAAUAUUUCCGUAUAGGUAUCUACUAUUCUUUUAUUUUCCAUUAGUCAGUAAUUAUCCUGAAGUUCUAAAUGACUGAAUGUGCAGUCAAUUUUUCAUUAAUUUUGCAGUACUUUUUGCGUUAUCAUUCCUGAGAUAUGAUAUUGUUCGUUGGUUAAGUUUUUCCUAAAAAGGAAAACAUUCAAACAUUUUGUUCUCUUAUGCUACAUAUUCAAGCAAUGAAUACAAUAUUAUUUACAUUGACGAUUCCGAGCGUAUGUGUUCAAUUUUGCUUCCUACUAUGUAUAUUGUUAUUAAGUGUAAUAUUAUUCGGUAGAAAAAGUGAACGAUGUUGAGACUUGUAAUAACGAAUAAGCUCCAUAGGCAGAAUUGGCAACAUGUGGGGUGCGUGUCAAUAAAAAAAAUCAUUGAUCGAUUCGUUCUGAGGAAUGUAUCACUAAAUCGUGAACAAGUUGCAUUACUAAGAGAAAAACAAAGUCUUUACGGUGUGACUUGGAACUGAUGCUCAAAAUUUUCUCUUCGCGCGCU